UAAAUAUCUCUCGACCUCUCUUUUCUCUAUUGAUUCUAUCGCUCUGCGCAAUACGUAUCUAUCUAUUUUCACGCCUUCUGUGUCCGAUCCCAAAAGGAUUUCGUAAUUCGACUUAAAGAUAUAUUAAGUAAAGGGAGCAGCUUCGAGGAUUUGAAUUAUUGGUUUUGGUAACGAAGGAUUUGUUUGCUAGAGAUUUGCGAGCUAGUUUUGUUUUUAGGACGUCACGCAUUUCAAUUAUGAGUGCAUCAUGGGCUGAUGUGGCUGACUCAGAGAACACGGGUUCUGGGUCUACUAGUCAGAAUUCUCAUCCGUCACGGCCUGCUUAUGUUCCUCCACAUCUAAGGAACAGGCAAGCAUCUUCCGAGCCUGUUGCUCCAUUGCCAGCAAAUGAUCGUGUUGGCUAUGGUGGUCCACCUUCUGGGUCUCGAUGGGCUCCUGGUGCUACCGGUGGUGGAGGUGGUGGUGCUUAUAGGGCUGAUGCAGGUCGCCCUGGCUAUGGCUAUGGUGGACGAGGAGGUGGUGGUUGGAACAACAGAAGUGGAGGGUGGGACCGUAGGGAACGUGAAGUAAAUCCCUUUGAGAACGAUGAUGCUGAAACAGAACCAGCCUUUACUGAGCAGGAUAAUACAGUCAUUAAUUUUGAUGCCUAUGAAGAUAUUCCGAUCGAGACCAGUGGGGAUAAUGUGCCUCCUCCUGUUAACACAUUCGCAGAGAUAGAUCUUGGUGAGGCUUUGAAUCUAAAUAUCCGUAGGUGCAAAUAUGUAAAGCCAACACCCGUACAGCGUCACGCCAUUCCGAUAUUGCUUGGAGGGAGGGAUUUGAUGGCCUGUGCUCAGACAGGGUCUGGGAAGACAGCUGCUUUCUGCUUUCCAAUAAUUAGUGGAAUCAUGAAAGAUCCGCAUGUACAGAGACCCCGUGGUACACGGACAGUCUACCCUCUUGCAGUCAUUCUCUCACCAACAAGGGAGUUGGCAAGUCAGAUACAUGAUGAGGCUAAAAAGUUCUCCUACCAAACUGGUGUGAAGGUUGUUGUUGCAUAUGGAGGAACACCUAUUAACCAGCAGCUCCGGGAACUUGAGAGGGGAGUUGAUAUUCUUGUGGCAACUCCUGGUCGAUUAAAUGAUUUGCUCGAGAGGGCUAGAGUCUCUAUGCAGAUGAUUAGAUUUUUAGCUCUUGAUGAGGCCGAUAGGAUGCUGGACAUGGGUUUUGAACCUCAAAUUAGAAAGAUUGUCGAACAAAUGGACAUGCCUCCACGUGGAGUUAGACAGACACUGUUGUUUAGUGCUACUUUUCCAAGAGAGAUUCAGAGACUCGCAGCUGACUUCCUAGCAAAUUAUAUAUUUUUGGCUGUGGGUAGAGUAGGUUCAAGUACUGACUUAAUUGUCCAAAGGGUUGAGUUUGUCCUUGAUUCUGACAAGAGAAGUCAUCUUAUGGACCUGCUUCAUGCUCAGAGAGAGAAUGGCAUCCACGGCAAGCAAUCCCUAACCUUAGUAUUUGUGGAGACAAAGAGAUCAGCCGACUCUUUGGAAAAUUGGUUGUGCAUCAAUGGGUUUCCAGCAACCUCCAUUCACGGUGACAGAACACAGCAGGAAAGAGAAGUGGCACUGAAGUCCUUCAAGAGCGGGAGAACACCGAUUUUGGUUGCAACAGACGUAGCAGCACGUGGUCUCGACAUUCCCCACGUGGCUCACGUUGUGAACUUUGAUCUACCAAAUGACAUUGAUGACUAUGUCCACCGUAUUGGACGAACAGGACGUGCUGGCAAAUCAGGGCUUGCAACUGCCUUCUUCAACGAUGGCAACACCUCAAUGGCUAAACCGCUAGCUGAUCUGAUGCAAGAAGCUAACCAGGAAGUCCCUGCGUGGCUCACACGAUAUGCAUCGCGUUCCUCUUUUGGUGGUGGUAAGAACCGGCGGUCUGGUGGUCGGUUUGGAGGCCGUGACUUUAGAAGAGAAGGGUCUUACAGUAGAGGAGGAGGAGGAGGUGGUGGUAGCGAUUACUAUGGCGGUGGAGGAGGAUAUGGUGGUGGAGGAGGAUAUGGUGGUGGAUAUGGUGCUCCAAGUGGUGGAUAUGGCGGAGAAACUCCAAGUGCUUGGGACUAAGCUCCCAAUGUUUUGUUUUGUUUUGGUUAUAAAUGCUGACUAUUUAUUUUUCUUCUACAUUCCCAAAGAGAGAGAGUAUGUAUACCUACACUUAUGUGAGUUCAUUCAAGAGAUGGAUAUAUGACUAGUGUUGCUGUUUUAGGCGUUUUGAUCUUUUUAGGGGAUGUCCUAAAAAUAGCAGUCACCAGUUUCAAAGUUUGUGUCCAAUUUUUGAUCA